AUGGGAGCCAAUGGAUCAUCGCAGUUGGAGAAGGAGAUCAGCACGACUGAUUCGGUCACCACUAGCAACGAGCACUAUUACGGGCUGGUCAACGUAGGCUAAACGACGGUGAUCCAUGUGCGAAUACUAGACAUUUUCAGUUCGGAAACACGUGCUACUGCAAUUCGGUCAUCCAGGCACUCUUCUUCUGUCGGCCGUUUCGCGAGAAAAUUCUGAAUUACAAACAAACGCUGAAGAAGUCGGGUAAGUCCAGUUUCUGACCCGAAAAUGUUAUGAAAUACGUGAAUCACCAUAUCAAAAUGAUUUGUAUUCAUAUUUUCUGUGCAGGCUCCACAAAAGAGAAUCUGGUGACGUGUCUAGCGGAUCUCUUUCACAACAUUGCCAAUCAAAAACGACGAGUCGGCACAAUUGCUCCGAAGAGGUUCAUAACGAAAUUAAAAAAGGAAAAUGGUUAGUUCCAGGCGGUCAGGACACUUUCAAUCGCCUGAUUCCUUGCAGAACUCUUCGACAAUUACAUGCAACAAGACGCUCACGAAUUCCUCAACUAUUUGCUUAACACGAUAUCAGAAACAUUGAUCGAAGAGAAGAACGCCGAAAAAGAGAAGGCAUCCCGUCAGAACACAAUCAAGAAAGGAAAUGUGACGGUGAACCUGCAUCCGGCGACUGCCGGACUCCGAGAAGAUCAUGGAAGUGAUCGGAGCGGAACCACGUGGAUACACGAGAUCUUCCAAGGAAUACUGACGAACGAAACGAGGUGUCUCAGCUGUGAAACCGUCUCCAGCAAGGACGAAGACUUUUUGGAUUUGUCGAUCGACGUCGAGCAGAACACUUCAAUAACGCACUGUCUCCGAGUGUUCAGCGAAACGGAAACGCUCUGCGGAGACCAGAAAUACUUUUGCGAGACGUGUUCUUCGAAGCAGGAGGCUCAAAAACGGAUGCGCAUCAAGAAACCGCCCCAGCUUCUCGCUCUUCAUCUGAAACGAUUCAAGUACGUCGACACUCUGAAUCGUCACACAAAAUUGUCGUAUCGGGUUGUUUUUCCGCUGGAACUGCGACUUUUCAAUGUGGUGAGCGCCUGUUUUUUCGUCUGAUUAUCGCUAAUUUCGAUUAUCUUCAGAGCGACGACGCAGAGCACGGCGACAGAUUGUACGACCUCGUGGCGACUGUUGUUCACUGUGGAGCCACUCCGAAUCGCGGUCACUACAUAACUCUAGUGAAGAGCAAUUCGUUCUGGCUGGUGUUCGACGACGACAUUGUCGAGAAAUUGGAAGUGUCGUCGAUGGAAGAGUUCUCCGGAAUGUCGAGCGACACAAGCGCGCAGAUGCCGACGGGGAACCAGUCGUCGCCGCAGAAGAACUCCGAGUCUGCGUACAUUCUGUUCUAUCAGGCACGGAACUACGCGGCCGACGAUCCCAACCACAACCACAAGAGCAAAAACAGCACGCAUUCGGCGUGA